UCUAAUUCAAACCUUAAAGCUUCCAGGUUAUUAAAGCCACAACUAGUACCCUAGGUUAGGUACCUAGUAGGUAUAUGUCACCUAGAGGUGUGUUGAAACUUGUUCCUGUCAUUGAUGCCAACAUCCUGCCAACAUCCUGCCAACAACCUUUGCAGUCUACCCAAUGCCCUCCAUACCUAUCUUUCUCAUAGAUAAGUGAAAAAAAAACCCACGAAAAAACGAAGGUCAUGCAUAUAGUGCCUUCAAAAUGACCCCGCUUCCCUCCGCGCCGCGCAUUAUACUCCUUGCUACGCAUCUCGCCGCCAAAACCGACAUCGAAGGGUUGGCAAUUCUCGCCGCUCAACACACCAAGGUCCUGCGGCAAGAUUUGUUGCUUCGAAUCCUUCUAACAUGUCUACCCGAGACACUGCCACCUGUUAAAUAUGUUCCUCUUGUUCAAUAUCUCGAAGACGGAAAUCUCGAAAAAGGUGUUCAACUGCGAGAGCUCGAUUGGUCUUCGGUACAGGACUUUACUGAAGAUGAGGCUACCAGGAAAGUCCGCAAGCUACGACUAUUGCCUCUUGCCUACGAGAAUCCCCCCGCCGACGUAUCCCAAGACCCUGUUUCCCUCUUCUUAAUCCAUCGUGCGCGUCGCGUCGAUGAGGCCGCCGGCUUGCUAGCUCAAUUGCCUGACUUGAUCGUGCCCUUCCUCGACCAUGCUCCCUGCAUUCGAACAUGGACGGUCUCAGUUUUAUUACCUCUCCUUCGCCGAAACCACGAGUACUACCCUAACGAACCCGCUAUCCAAACCCUGUCCGCCUUUGAGCAGAUGAAUGACCACGCCGCAAUCGACUUAUUGUUAUCGCACACCGGCGUACGUAAUGAGGACUUACUACAUGUGGGGAGGGACCUCCGCGGUCUAAUAGGGCCAUGGUUAUAUAACGACGCAAGAUGGACUCGUAGUGAUGAGAAAGGUCACUCUCCAGGCCAUUCUUCAUCUACGACUUGUAUUAUAUGUCCAGGUUGGGAACGUGUCCUGGAAUGGAUUACGGAGCGGGCUUCCAAAUCGUGGAAGGUCGCGGUAAAAGCCAUAGACCAAUGGGAUGGUCCGGGAGAUGCCGAUCUGGGUGGCUACGCUUCCAUCUGGCUAGACGACGAAGAUCUAGGGUAUCUUGAAAAAAGAUAUGCUCGUGCUGCUCUAGCCUCAGCGUAUUUGAUACCCGAAGCUUCUGUUGAGUCCUUGAUAGGUGUUAAUAGUAUUAUUACCAAGAUCAUGGCCUUGCUGGACCUGGAUACUUGCCCUACGCUACAAGUCGCUUCAUCUCUUCUUGCACCUUUCUCUGAUCCCAAUGGAAAGCAGCUUCUCUUCGCUAAGAAUGCCACACAUAUGCGUAAUGACUUACUAGCCGAGUCAAACAUACUCACCGCGCCAACCGAAACUACCACAAGACUCUUGCAUGUUCUAACAUUGAGCGCCUUUAUCUUGACUAAAAUCGGAGUACCUUGCACUGUUCGGAAAGCAGGGGAGUUGGCUUUCCUGCAAGAUGAGCAAGAACAAAGAGCAGAGGCUGCUCAAUAUCUCCAUUUGUUAGUCAGUAACGGCCCCAAAACGGAUGACAAAUAUUGGAUUAGAGCAAGGAAUGAACUUUUAUGGCUUCGAGAUUGGGGUGCAGAAGAGGUCCAAGACUCUCGCAAUGUUCGAAUCCCGGGGGUCUUGGGUCAGUUAAAAAAGGAAUUCCUUGAGACCGAGUGUCUCAAGGCAUUCUUAAGUAACACUCGCUACUCCCUCGCGAGAUCCAUAUACGAAGAUGCUCCAGAGAAGCCCCUCGAUAAUCAUGUGCUGCAGGACACAAUCGUUUCUGCGGCUAUGCACGCCUAUGAUAACGCGUCUAACCCUCACCGUGGCCGAGGUGGUCUAUUGAAAUGUGAUGACAUAAUACAUGCAUUUCCCCGAACAUUACCGGAAACGCAUCCUGCGUCUAAGCGGGUCGAGGCUCUCCUUAAAGCGACACAUGGACUGAGUGAGUACCGCCUUAUAUUGAAGAAAGGAGAGCCAUUCACCCCGGUCGUGCUCCGAGUACACACAGACCCCAUCUCUAUAAUCGGAAAGGUGUUGGAGCAGAACCCCAAAAGCUACACUCGAAUCCAAGAUUUCUUAGAAAUGGGAACCAAUAUGGUCGAUGCUGGGCUAUUAACCCAUAGCAAGCAACCCGAGCAGUUACAAUCGGUCACAAAGCCGGUAUGGUGGCAAUCUCUAGUUGAGAAACGGAUUACUGCCUUGUGCGUUGACGCCGCUCUUACAGAAGAUGACUUCGAGACAGCAUAUUCUUAUGUUGUCAACCGGUUAACCACAGCUAGUAACUCGCCGGGGUCGACUCCCAAGCCAAGAGAAGGGCUCUUACCAAAGGGAGCCUACGCAAACGUUCACUCGGCUACGUUGACCGAUGACUAUUCUUGGAAAGCUGCACUGCAGGCAGGUAAAUACCGCCGCACGGCGCGAACAGUGAAGCCGACACAUAUCGGCACUGCCAGUGGCAAUCCUGACAUCCGACACCUUGAACAACGAAUAGAGUGCUUAGCAACGGCACUACGCGUCGCACCAGCCCCGGCCCUCCAGGAGAUUUUAAACGUCUUCCGCAAGUGUGAAGAGGAGUUGAAUGCCGCCGUAGGGGCUGAAGAGGCGCAAGAGCUGGCUUGGGAUGACCGAGGCGAUUUUCAAGUUAUGCCCGGUGCCUUCAACAGUACCGUACCAGCCGGUGUUGUGAGGGGCACCAAGCAAACCUCCUCACGACAUGUGGAAGAAGCCCCUAUGUCGCUCUUUGACCUAUCACGAGCAAGUAUAAGCAGAGCGCAACGAAACCUAGCUGCGCUAUCUAGUCUCCAACGCAGCGGGAAUACUAGGUCAGAUGAAAGCCAGGACGAGAAAGAGGACGGUUCUAGUGAGCCUAGAGUUAGAAGGAGGGAUCAGCUAAGGGAGGCGGCUGUUGGAACCCUAGCGUCAAGUGUUGGUUGGCUCAUCGGAGCACAGCCUAUUGACAGAACAGGCGAAAGAGUAUAACCUAGGUACUGGGGUAGGUACUAAGUGGAUAGGUAGAUAGGUAGAUAGGUAGAUAGGUAAAUAGGUAAAUAGGUAAAUAGGUAAAUAGGUAA